AUGGACGCAGACUUUGCCAGUAACAGAGUGCUCGAGAACAAGACUGUGGCGGGAGGCAAAGGGAUACAAGUGGCGUGCAGGACAUGCACGUUUCUAAACGCGGCCGACGUGACUUCGUGCGGCAUGUGCGGGGCAGAGACAAAAGUGCCGACUCAUGAUGUCCAAGCAGACGGAAGCUGGCAUUGUGGAGGCUGUGAGACGGUGAAUCGACGGGCGGCUCAAGAGUGUUCACACUGUCGUCUCCCAUUGUAUUCCUUGGUGACGACAGCUGCUCCGGCGCAGAUUUUCUGCUCUCGAUGUGGGUUUCUAAAUGAUGGAGACAACUCGACAUGUGUACAGUGUGACCACACGAUUCGCACCAAGCUGGACAAGCUCAGCUCAGGAUUGAGUGAUAGUACCAACUUUCUUGCACGGGAUAUGGGCGUGAACAUUCACGUCAAGUGCCCAGGGUGUCACAUCGUGUGCUACGUACCACCAGCAACGGCGUGUCUGCGUUGUGGUUCUUGCCACACGUACUUUGCCUCUCCGUCCGUCGGGGUGGUGACAAAUUUUCAUGUGAAUCGAUUGGCGUCUUCCAUUUCGAGCUCGUUCAUGGGGUUCUUUGGUAAGAAGCGCGGUGAACAGGAAGAGAACGACAUUGAGCGUGCUCAAGUGGAAGCUCGAGAGGUGCCUGUUGGCCGUCUGAUCGCUGUCGGGCAGAGCGCCGUGAUAUCUUCACGUGAUUCCCAUGCUACUAGUGACGGGAGUGAGCUCUCCGCGAGUCUUCACGAGAGCGAGAUACCUGAAGAUGAAACAGAGGAAAAACGUGACGCAUCUCAAGCCGAAGAGAGUUCAGAUGUUCAAGACGUAAAGCCGCAGGUAAGCAAAACGUUAGUGAGAGUGGACGCGAAGAGCCCUGAAGCAUUGGACAAUGGAGACUGUGCUGUGUCGCAGACAAUGGCGACCAAGUUUCAGCAGCAAUCAACGAAGCCUGCUAGCCGUAGCUCUGGAAAGAAGCAGCCCAUGCUCGCGCGAUCGAUGCCGCUCCAUGCAGCGCUUUUGCCACCCCGGCAAGAACUGGUACUGGUGGAGGGUGAUAUUGUGGAGCUAUAG